UUUCGAGGACAACUUGGAGUCCCCCAGGUGGGUGUGGGUCUUGCAAGGGAUGCCGACACUAAAACCUGAAGAUGGAGGAUAAGGAUAUGGGCUACCUAACGAAGCCCAUGAUUGAUGAAACCACGUUGUUGGAUGAUAAGCAAAUAUUGAAAACAAUGGAAGAGCUCAACCAGGUUGGCAGGAUGGCAGAAGCCACAUAUCUGGAGAACUCAAGAGCAAGAGAGGAAGCACAAAAGGAAGCGCAGAACCACGACCAAGAGAACGGGGCUGACGGCAUGAUCUAUACGGAAGGAGAGGUAGGGUCAACUAAGUCGGGCAGUACGGCCACUUCGCUCAAACGGAAAGCCAGGGCAGAGGAAUCGAGGGAGACGGAACAGAGCGAGCAAGGAGAGCAGGGUAGCAAAUGUGCGCAAUCAAAAGGAACCAAGGCCAUAAGCGAAACCCGGCAGACGCGGGGGGAUCAAGACCAAGAGAUGGAGUCUGAACGGGGGAGGUCAGGGGCUCUCAGCCCCUCCGUGGAGCCAAUGGAGGUUUCACAGCAAGCGGACAGCGGGAAGACCCCAUCACACGAGCAAGAAAUGGGAGAAGCAAGGGGCCAAGAAGACGGGGACACAGGCAAAGAGGAGUCCCCCGAAGUGGGGCCAGCCAGUUCUGCCACUGAACCUAAACAAGGGAGAGAGAGGGGGGAAGGCGAGGUGGGUGACUCGGAUGGGAAUUCAUAUGAGGACGGAUGGGAAGAUGUAGAUGAUGAGGAGGAGGAAGAACCACAGACGCAAGAAAGAUGGGUCAAGUGUGUGCAUGUGCUAGAAUGGGAGCGUCAGGUAGAGUGCGAGGUUCGCCUGGCACACCACAAGCAUCUGCGAAACUUGAAGGAGGCCACGACAACAUCAGAGGGCAUCACCACCACUAACCGCUACGAGAUAUUGAAAAAGGAGAAAGAAAUAAACGAGUUUUAUGCUACGCAGUACGGGUGGAAGGCACAAAAUCGUAACAAUGACAUCCAGGUGCAAAAUGGGGGCUACAUUAAGCAGUUUGAGUGGGCAAAGACCUACCAACCAAACGCAAUGAAGCGGUCUGAGCGCAAGCGGAAGGCGCAACAAGAAGUGCGGCAGACGGACAGGCAAGGACAAAGCCAAGCAACAAUAGGGGAGGAAAUGGGAGACGAAGAGUUAAUGGAGGACGCAAGUAGACAAGCAGUGAUAUUGGAGGCUCAAUAUAAUGUCCUCAAAGACCAGAUUUGGAAGUUGGGGGCAAACACUAUGAAUUUAGAGAAGAUAGCUUAUGCGCCACACAAGGAAAUUCAAGUGGCGGCGAAGCUAUAUGCCAAAAACUCACCCAGAUGCAGGGUCAUCCUCCCGUUCAGGUGGAAUGAGGACCACAAGGAUUGGGAGGUUGCAAUUCCUCAUUCGCUAGCGCUAGUUUCGGUAGAGGCCGACUGCUCCGAUCAGCCCCCGUAGGGAAUCAUCUUAGAGGACUUGCCAGCCCAUGCGUACGUGAUAGGCAACUGGAAGAGGGCACAAUACAAGCAA